CUAAUUGAGUAGCCAGUUAUAAUCGGUCAGAACUGACCUCAAAAUAUAUGAAGUCACAUAUACGUACGGAUCCCCUGUGGUGAAAUCCGUGAAUUGGAGGUCGUCCAUGGGAAAAAAAGGUAAAGGACUGGUGGCAUUUGAUAAAAGACGGGCCCAGUCAAGGUGCGGCUUGAACAGAAGACAUGUAUGUCUCUUCUUCAAGGGGAAACAAAAUUUAUAUCGCCGGGGGCCACCUGUCUGUUUGAUUUUUCAACGUCCUCGAGCGUUCCAUAUUCUCUUUGCCACAAACCACUCCCCUGGGCCCCCUUUUUGACAAAAGAAGAGCAAAAGCCCCUUCACCAACAUCAUCAUCAUCGUCCCCGCGACUUCACCGUGCCGACAUCCCCAUGGCUGCCCGAUCUCAUCACCACCGUCUCUCUCCUCUCACUGGACAGCCUGCCAUAACUCACCUUCAAACCCCAACUGUUUUUUCUUUCACGUCAUCUCCUCCACCUUUCCGCCCUCCCAAUCAGUAGACCCCUCCGAGCCUCUCACUUUUUCUUGCCUUCAAGCAUCAGCAUCAGAAGAACAAGAGAAAUUGGAGGGUGAAGUUUUCUUCGAUUGCUUCUUCUUCGCCUUUCUCUCUUAUUAGUUCUGAUCCCCAAUUACUUUCGUUUUUGCUUUUUGCCGCCUUCUGUAUAGCUCCCCAUCAUUAGACUCAGCUGCUUUUCUUCUCCCCAAUUUCGUCUUUCAAGUUUCAACUAUCAGCAAUUCAGCAUCAGAAGAAGAAGGAAGUUGAGGAGUGAAGCUUUUCUCACCACAUUCAUCGUCCUCCUUCCUCUUAUCAAACGUCUCCCAGUGUUUCCAUUUUGUUUCUGUCUCUGUGUAUAAUUUCUCAAGUUUUCCUCAAAAACCAUCGUGGCUUCUCCUACGAAGGUUACCAGCUGACCUCGAAAACCCACCUUUUCUUUACUUCCUUUCUUUCACGUAGAGAUUCUUGAAGAAUUCUUUAUGGUCCGAUCUCUUAAAUCGACCAAGCGGGACACCUUUUCAGUUUUCUGACUGUGCGUAUAAUUUCUCAAGUUCUUCUCAAAAACCAUCGUAGCUUCUCCUACGAAUUUUACCAGCUAACCUCCUCCAUCUUCCAUUUUCAAGUGAUAGAAAACCCGCCUUUCUUUAAUUCCUCUGUUUCACGUAGAGAUUCUUUCUCUUAAGUCGACCAAGUAGAGGACCUUUUCACGCUUUCAAGAGGCGCUUCACAAUAAUUCUGUCUUCUUCUACAAAACCAAUCAGAAAAAUUUAACCUCUUCUAGUUGCAGGAUACACAAACGCCCCCUCCUUCCUCCAUCAUUAUCAAUUGACGUUCUCUUCAACCCACCCAUUCCGCAACGGCGGUUACAUAUUUUUUCUGAAGAGAAAGCAUCCGUCGCGCUGCUUGUAUUCGAAUUGAAAACGGUUGGGCAGCUCGUUGACGGCGGCAAGAUAAGGGUAGGCUGGGAAGAAAAUGGGGGAACCAGGGAAGACGAGGGCGGAAUUGGCGGCGGAAAGGGCGAUAGGGGCGUUGGGGAUGGGCUACGACCUGACCAACGACGUAAGGCUGGCGUAUUGCAAGGGCGGAGGCCGGCUGCUGGAGCUCCACGAGGCGCAGCCGCCGCAGAAGGUGCGGCUGCCGGACGGCACGGUCGUCGCCGGCGUCCCCGGCUGCGUCAGAGUCGACAAGGGCGAGAGGCUCCGGUUCAAGACCGACGCUCUCUCCUUCCAGCAGAUGUCAGAGCAUUUCAACCAGUGGCUCUCUUUAUCUGGCAAAAUCCCCUCUGGUUUAUUCAAUGCUAUGUUUGGGUUCCAUGGUUGCUGGCAGAAGGAUGCUUCUACUACAAAAAGCCUCGCCUAUGACGGGUGGUUUAUAACGCUUUACAAUGUUGAGCUAGACAGAUCUCAUAUUGGAUUACAAAAGCAUGUCAAACGAGAAGUUCCAUCUGCGUGGUAUCCUGCUGCAUUAGCCAGGUUUAUUGAGAAAUAUGGAACUCAUGUCAUCGUGGGGGUGAAGAUGGGAGGCAAAGAUGUGGUUCAUGUCAAGCAGCAGCACAAGUCAAUGCUUCAGCCUGCUCAAAUGCAGAAAAUGCUAACCAAGUUAGCGGAUGAUAGAUUUGCAGAUGCCGGGACAACCUCCAUUCUGAGCCCUGUCAAAUCAUCAAGCAAUGAUGCCCAGCUGGCAAUUCGUGAACAUCGUGUAACAUUCUCAAAUUCUGGGAGCACAAUCUCUCAUUCAAAAAAAGAGGCUGUGGUGAGCAUUUGCAUCCGAAGAGGAGGUAUCGAUACUGGGCAAGAGCAUAAUGAAUGGCUAGCUACAGUUCCACUGGCACCUGAUGCAAUUUCAAUGUCACUUGUGCCUAUAACAUCUCUCUUAAAUGGGGUCCCUGGAAGUGGAUUUCUAAUCCAUGCAGUAAAUCUCUACUUACGCUACAAGCCUGCAAUAGAGGAACUCCACAACUUUUUGGAAUAUCAACUUCCCAGGCAAUGGGCUCCUGUAUAUGCAGAGCACUCACUGGUACUACAACCUAAGCAGACACACUCUUCAAAGCUCCAAUUCUCGAUUAUGGAUUCUGCCCUCUAUGUCAAUACUACUAAAGUUGACUCUGAAAGGAAGCCUGUGACUGGAAUACGCCUCUUCCUAGAAGGAAAGAAGCAAAACAGGCUUGCAAUUCAUCUCCAGCACCUUUCCUCACGUCCUGGGAUAUUCCAAGUAUCUGAUGAUCUUGCUUAUGAAAGCGAUAUCUGUGAGGACCGCCGCUACUUCGACCCUGUGAAGUGGAAGUUUUUCUCACGUGUGUGUACUGCUCCAGUAGAACUCAGUAUUGCUUUCAAUGAUGAUGCAGCUGGUGUGGUCACACAGGCAAGCUUUCAUGUGGCUGAAGUUAACAUGAAGAAGGUCCUCUUCCUUAGGCUUGGAUUUUCAAUGGUGAAAAAUGCUCGGAUUCGGAGAUCAGAGUGGGAUGGGGCAUCAAGUCCAACUCAUAAGUCAAGUGUCUUCUCUACAUUGAUAAGCACACGUCUUGGUUUUAGCCAGGUGCCAUUGUCAGCAUCAUUAGAGAAGGUGGACAUGAAUUCAGCAAUUUUUGCUGGUGGUCCACCAAGUCCUACAAAGGCACCAAAGAUGCUGAGGUUUGUGGACUUAAAAGAGGUAGCAAGAGGUCCAGAGGACACCCCAGGAUACUGGGUAGUGACAGGUGCAAAACUGUGUGUGGAGGGUGGCAAAAUAGCAGUGCAAGCGAAGUAUUCACUGCUGACUAUUCAUGGUGAUAGUGAUGAUGAGAGUGCGUAUUAAGCACAGAAAUGGCACAAAGCUGACUGACUUGCUUCGGAAUGCGAGGCUAUAUUGACAUCUAUGAUCAGAAGGAUGGAUGUUCGCAUGGAGCAUUGAGCACCUGUAGAUACCACCCUCUUUAAUGUCUGUACAGUUGUUUGACAUGUUGGAUUUUUGACAGCUUUUCUGAAAUUUAGACAUGCUCUGCUUACUUGGGCCUUAAUGAGAGUUCAGGAAGUUCUGGACAGCCGCACUGGAGCAUUCUGCAGGAAAUUCAUUUCCACUGGAUUGUAUAAAUUUGGUUUUCCUUUUCUCUCUCUGUUUUAUACUCUCUCUCUACUAAUUCUUUCGAAUUGAAGACUUACUGGAAAAAGAAAAAAAGGAAAGAGAAAAUUUUCUCGUGCAAGUGUAUAAAGAUUU